CGCGCAACGCAAGAGACACGCACUAUGCCCCACGAAGUCUCUUCUUCGGCUCCUCUCACAUGCGCGCAAGAAGAACGCAGUUCUCAGAGAUUAACCACGAAAAACGUGAGAGCAGGCGGCCCCUUAUCAAAUGUAAACCUCUUUGUCAAACGUGUUUGCAAGAUGCAGCUUCUUUUUCUUAUUGAUUUAGCAUAGGGGGCAUGUGACUGGGGAAUUAGGCGCUCACAUGGCUGCUGUACUACAUGAUCCGCUUUAGUUUUUUAAAGGUCGGUGAUCGGUCUCCCCAAGCAGCAACCAUAAGAAGCAGAGGACUGGGCUACUAAAACACACCGCCUUUCUGGACAAGUCAUGGCGAACAGUGGGCAAAAAGUUGUGUUGAUCACCGGUUGCUCCUCCGGCAUCGGGUUACGAAUCGCCGUCACGCUGGCCAAAGAUGAAAAGAAGCGCUACCAUGUCAUCGCCACCAUGAGGGACCUGAAGAAGAAGGAGAAGCUGGUGGAGGCUGCCGGGGACACCUUCGGGAAGAGCCUCACGCUGCACCCGUUGGACGUGUGCAGCGACGACUCCGUCUCGCAGUGCAUAAACAGCGUCAAGGACCGCCAUAUUGAUAUCCUCAUUAACAAUGCAGGUGUGGGCAUUCUGGGGCCCGUGGAGAGCAUCAGCAUAGACCAGAUGAAGAAAGUGUUUGAGACUAACUUCUUUGGCGUGGUGCGCAUGAUCAAAGAGGUCAUGCCCGAUAUGAAAGCGAGGCGUUCGGGACACAUCAUCGUCAUGAGCAGUGUCAUGGGACUUCAAGGAGUGGUGUUCAAUGACGUCUACACAGCCUCUAAGUUCGCCAUGGAGGGAUUCUGUGAGUGCAUGGCCGUGCAACUAAUGAAGUUCAGCGUCAGGUUGUCCAUGAUCGAGCCCGGCCCGGUCCACACGGAAUUCGAGACCAAGAUGAUGGCCGAUGUGGCGAAGAUGGAGUUCCCGGGCGUCGAUGCAGACACAGUUCGCUACUUCAAAGACGUGUACCUGCCCUCCUCCAUUGAUAUAUUCGAGGCGAUGGGCCAGACACCGGAAGAUAUCGCCAAGUGCACCAAGAAGGUCAUCGAGUCCAGCAGCCCGCGCUUCAGGAACCUCACCAACAGCCUGUACACGCCCAUCGUGGCGCUGAAGUACGCCGACGAGACCGGCGGCCUGUCCGUCAACACCUUCUACAACCUGCUCUUCAACUUAGGACCCCUGAUGCACAUCACCAUGAGCAUCCUCAAGUGCCUCACCUGUAGCUGCCUGCGGCGACGCACCGUCUCCCCCAACUGAGAUCGCUGCACCCUGACCCCCCCCCUCCCCAUCCCCUAACCCACCCGUUGCCAACGCCGUUGCCGACGACGAUGACCGAUUCCGGAACUUUCCCUCUGGAAGGGGGUGUGAGGGUGAACGAGGUAGACUGCCAGUGAUCAAAUAUCAUUUUAUUUGUGGGGGGGAUUUGUCCGAGAGAUGCUGACCGACGACACGCACAAUUGCACAGAGAUUGUCAAAGACGGUGUGGUAAUGCAGAAUGACCUCAAUGCGAAAUACAUGCACAGAUAUGCACAAACAUUGCGCAUGGACACACACACCCACACACCUAUGCACAAACCCACACACACAGUCACAUACAUUGCAGCGAUACUUGUAUAAUUACGAUGAAUCUGUGCCUUAUUCAUUACAACGUGAGACGUCUGAAUAUUAUACUGUAAAUGCUUUAGAAUAUAGCACACAGAGAAUAAGUUAUGAGUCCUGUGGACAAAAAAAGACUAAGCACAAAUCAGACAAAUUUACAGAGAAUAGAUUUAAAUUAUACUGAAACCAUAUUAAGAGAGGUUGUAUUUAACCAAAUACUAAGACCCUGACAGGAAUUAAAAAUUAAAUAUAUAUAGCUUAUCAUGUUGUGUUUUUAAUUACGUAUUUCUUUAUUAGUUUAAGUAUAGUGUUGACUAAGCAAAAUAUUGUUCACACAGUCAUAACUGCUGUUAAAUCUUUAUUUUCAUUUCUUUUUAAAUAAGCUGAAUUUGUGUUGUUUUUAAAAGUAUUAUGAGAGAGGUGGAUUGAGCAUCUAAUUUGAAAUGUAACAACUUGCUUUCGAAAUAAACACAAUUUUGAAUUAC